AAAAAAGCCACAAUGGCUGUUAACAGAUUAUGUACAAUAUUUCGACAAAUAACGAUAAACAAACAAAGUAAUAUUAUUGGAAGAUAUUGUUCUUCCCAUGUAUUAAAAGAACAAAAUAAUAAUUUACGUUCCCAUAAUUAUUCCAAGAAUGUGCUACACGUAGCACAAACAGAGUUGCAUAUUAAAUUUAUACCGAGAACACUUAACAUAGAUUUUGGAAAUCUGGAUGGUAUUAUGAAAAAAAAUAUAAAUGAAAUACCUCUACCUAAAUAUAUACCAUCAAUAGAAGAACCUCUAACACGGAAACCUAUUCAACAGGACAUGCCAUUAACAGAUAAAUCUUUUCAACUUCCACCAACGGUAAAUGGUUGUGAAAAACUUGCAAAACAUUUAAUAGUAAUUAGGAGACAAAAAAUGAAAAAACACAAGAGAAGGAAAUUGCGCAAAAGAAUGCAGUUUGUAUGGACAAAGCUAAGAGCAAAACGUAAUUCAUUAAGAGAAAAAACCUUUCAAGCAGAAUUAAUUGCAAAAAUUAAAGAUGCACAGUCGUUUGAUGUCAAGAAAUAUAUCGAAGAAAGACUUGCUAUUCUAGAUAAAGAAAUUUUACCAAAAACUUAUAAAGGUGAAAUAUUGUCUGCACAAGUGAUUAGACAAUUUUUGAAAGAAGAUAGAGAAAAAUGGGAAAAAAGAAAAAAUAAACCUCGUUUAACACUUGAUUAAACAUA